AUGCCAGUGUUUGAUGAUCCACGCCGGGGCCUCAGCAGACGGCGAAUCGCUGUGUCGCUGCGUGCAGUUCGCAUUUACCCCAAAGAAGGGGGCCACGAGCGGCAGCAGCAGCAGCAGCGAGAAGAGAAGCCGAUGCCGCAGGGUCCCCCAGGUGGUGUUAUCGGGAUCCUUGGAGGUGUCGUGGCCAUCGGACUCAUCAUUGGCGUGGCUGUUACUGUUUUCAUGGUCCAUCGGCGGCAGCAGAAGACCCGCACUGAGACAGAUAAUGACCUCAUUGCUGUUGCUGCUGUUGCUGAUAGUUGUGUGACACAGGGUCCAGAGAAGCCAGAGUCCCCCACAAGGAAAGUAGAGGCACUUGACCCCAGUCUGACUGACCUCCCACCCGCCCACAAGCCGGCCCCUCCCCCACCCAAAAAGAAGAACAGCGACAUGAAGGGACACUUGACAUCUGAUGACAUCCAGGUGGUUCAUCUCGACAAGGAGGAGGAAAUGCAGAAGCUUCCUCUCCAGCCUCCUUAUUACGACAUGGCGCCCUCCGAGUCGACCCCCUUCACCGAUAAGCCGGACUCUGGGCGGCAUCCAGAAGAGCUGCUGAACCCGGCCGAAUACAUGAGCUACCAGCGCGUCUGCAACAUGGAACCCUUCCCCGAGUCCCAGCCCGCUCCGGCCUACCCUCCCGUCACUUUCCUGCCUCAGCACCCCUACCCCCAGCACCCACCCGGCGGCGGCGGCGGCGGCGGCGGCGAGCCCAUGUACUCCAACACGAGCUUCCCCGCCCACGGCCCGCGAGCUCCCUUCACCUUCCCCAAGGAGCAAUCCGUGUGA